AAAUACAAAACAGGUAACCAGAAAUUCCCACAGUUCAUGGGUAUAAAAAUGUCCUCAAAUUCAAUAUUGGAAUUAGUUGUCAUCGAUCUCACAACGACUAAACAUCACUUUGAAAACCAUGAAAAUAUUUGUAGCUGUGUGUUUCUUGUUUGCUGUGAGCACCUCCGCCUAUGUGGUCAAGAGUCGUGAUGAACAUUUGCAGUUUCGCAAUGAAUGUAUUGCCGAAUUAAAAGUUCCCACCGACUUGCUCAACCAAUAUAAACAAUUCCAAUAUCCAAAUGAUUCUACGACCCAAUGCUAUUUGAAAUGUAUUUUUGUUAAAUUUGGUUUCUUCGAUACGACCAAUGGUUUCAGUGUUGAAAAUAUUCACCAACAAUUGGUUGGAGCUGCUGCUGAGGCCAAUCACGGCGAUGAUCUCCAUACGAAAAUUUCGUCAUGCAUUGAUAAAAACGAACAGGGCAGCAAUGCCUGUGAAUGGGUCUAUCGUGGUGCCACCUGUCUCAUCAAGAACAAUUUGCCAUUGGUUCAACGCAGUGUGGCGACUCAGACUUAGUGAUAUAAUUUUAGUAAUAUUAGAUUUUCUGUAUUAAAAUAUAAAUUUAUGAAUACAUCUUUUUUGAUUUUUUUAAA